AAGAACACCUCCACCCCAAAGCCGCCCCGGCAGUUGUUGCUGGGCGUUGCUGCUGUCCCACGCCGCACUGAUGCUGUUCAGCCUUAUGGCAGCAGUGGUUUUUGUUUGCUGUCCGUCUUGCCAAGCUCAUCCCUCCGUGCAAAUGCAAGCGGCGUAAUGAAAGGCGCUCACAGUGUCUUCCUUGAGGAGAGCUAGAUUUUGGUUUAAUCUCUUUCUGUCAAUGGGAAGCACAGCGUCUGUGUUUGUUUCACAGCUUUCUGCUGGUUUUGGGAGCAGUCUGGCAGAGCCUGCAGUUACUGAGCAAGAGUUAGAAAGGGUUUGUUUGAAGUUCUCUGCAUUGCACAGCAUGUGGGCUCUCGGUUCUGUCCCAGCACUGUCAGCCAGCAGCUGUUCCAAUGGGGCAGCAGAAGGACUUUGUGACCAAGGGAAGAAAUCUGUGCCAAAUGUCUGCAGCUGAAGAAGGGCAGCAACUGCGUGACCUGAGCAGAGGAGAUGGCAGCAGGCGAUGGUUAAAGCUGGGCUGGCAGCGACGGGGAAAGCAUAGGAAACUGCCCUUUCUCACAGAGGCUCUUCAUGAUCCUUUGGCUGAAGGGAGUGGUGUUCAGUGUCACAACAGUUGACCUGAAGAGAAAACCAGCAGACCUUCAAAAUUUGGCUCCAGGCACUCAUCCACCCUUUAUAACUUACAAUGGUGAAGUGAAAACAGACGUGAACAAGAUUGAAGAGUUCCUGGAAGAAGUUUUGGCUCCGCCAAAAUACCUGAAACUUUCUCCAAAGCACCCUGAGUCCUACACUGCUGGAAUGGAUAUUUUUGCCAAAUUUUCUGCAUUUAUCAAAAAUUCCAGACCCGAGGCUAACGAAGGUUUAGAACGUGGCCUCUUGAAAACCCUCCAGAAAUUGGAUGAGUACCUGAACUCUCCUCUCCCUGACGAGAUAGAUGAGAACAGCAUGGAGGAUAUUGCAGUUUCUACCCGCAAGUUUUUGGAUGGCAAUGAGAUGACACUAGCAGACUGCAACCUGCUGCCCAAACUGCACAUUGUGAAGGUGGUGGCCAAAAAAUAUCGCAACUUUGAGAUUCCCAAGGAAAUGAGGGGGAUUUGGAGAUACCUGACCAACGCUUACAGCAGGGAUGAGUUCACCAACACCUGUCCUGGAGACAAAGAAAUUGAAAUAGCUUACAGUGAUGUAGCCAAGAGACUCACUAAGUAAACAGCACUUGCAAAAAGAGA